UUAACGAGUGGACCGCUGUUCAUCGGCUUGGUAUAAAUAUCCGGCGAUUCGUUGAUGGAAGGUGUAGUACCUGAGCGAUCAUGCAGACUUCAGUGUUGUGCCUUCUCUUCGCUCUUGUGGCUAGCGCCUCGUGCGCUAGUCUGUUCCCUGGUAUUGAUACGGCAAUAAAUGCCGGUAAAUCGAUCAUCAACAAUAUACCGACAAUUAUUCCAUUACCAUUUAACAAAGACGAUUCCUCGUCUUCUGAAGAAAACUCCCAGGGACUGAUAAACACUGUAGAGGAGCGCUCUAAGAAGGUAAACCAAUACGUCAAGAAUAUCCAGCAAUGGCUCCACAACUUGGAACCCAAAAAGUGUGGGGAUAAAAAACACCCCAAACCUGUUCCACAGUUCCCUCAGCUGCCCAAUCUCCCAAGCCUCCGUGACAUUCAAGACAAAACCGUUCUACCAGACAUCGCGAACCUUGGAAACAUAAUCCCGAACAUUUUGAACCCAACUCGUCUUCUACCAAACAAACCUAGGCUUCCAGCCCUUCCAACUCUUCCAACUCUUCCAACUCUUCCAACUCUUCUGCCUACACCACGUCCCCCACACACCCACCCAACACGGCCACAACGUCCCCCAACGCCUGCAAGCCGUCCAACUCGUCCACCUCGCCCAACUCGCCCAUCUCCACCACCUACUUCCACUGCCCCCGCUACUGAGGGUACCACUGUUGCGACUGAGGCCGCCAGUGAAGUGUCUAGCUCCGCAACGACUGUGAUUAGCACAAGCACUGCUGCUGCAAGCUCUUCCACUGAGGCUUCCUCUGAGGCUUCCUCUGAGGCUUCCUCUGAGGCUUCCUCCGAAGGUACAACUGAGGCUUCUUCCUCUGAGGAUUCCUCUUCUGCUGCAACCGAGGCUUCGACUCAGGGUUCCACUUCUGCUGCAACCCAGGCUACUUCUGGAUCUACCCGUAGAGCUAACAGACCUAUCUCUGGAUCUGGAAACAUCUCAUUCGGUAUCAUCGGUUCUAAAUCUAACGAAACUACCCGCAAACCUAUAUUUUCAUUUGGUGGCGGUUUUAAUAUAGGCGGAAGGGGAAAGAGAGAAGCACUCGGCGGAGGUUUCGACGCCAGCGGAAGCAUCGGCGUAUCUGUAGACAUUGGAAGCGCCCUGUCUGCCAUUCCUGACGUGAUCAACAGCAUGCAAUCCAUCUUGUCCCACGUUGAUAUUCCGAAACUCCCCUCGAUCCCCAGUAUACAAUUGCCAGAUUUGAAAUCGGUUAGCAAUGACGUUCGCAAGAACAUCGAAAAUGCCAGGGAGGCGGCCGCUCAAGCCAUCCAGGCUGGAGAGAAGAACCUCGCCCAAGCCAUUCCCAAGGCUUUGAACAGGAUCAUGAAGAGCACCGAGCCUAUUCGUGGAAUCGCAGGACUGGUACUGAAUAUCGUCAAAUCGGGCGUCGAAACUGCGGUGAAAGUUCCGAUUGCCGCCAAGAGGGCCAUCAUUGAAGACGUUGUCAUGAUUGCCGGACAGGUCAUUAGGAGUGUGAUGAAUCUCGCGGCUCAGCAUAUGCGAUGCUGAAGGGUUUAGCUGAAAUAAAUUACGUAUAUGUAGCAAAAAAUGGUAACGAAUAAAUAAUAGUAUUACAAUUGAAA